ACCUGAAGGCAUCGCAAAGCAAUAAAUUGUCGUCUCUGUGUUUUUCUCUCGGAAAUCCACUACAAAAAUCCCGGAAAAGAUGCAGGCACACAGCAAAAAGCGCGUCUGCUACUACUAUGACAGUGAUAUUGGCAACUAUUACUAUGGACAGGGACACCCGAUGAAGCCGCAUCGCAUCCGGAUGACUCACAAUCUGCUGCUGAAUUACGGAUUGUACAGGAAGAUGGAGAUUUACAGACCUCACAAGGCGACAGCCGAUGAGAUGACCAAGUUCCACUCCGACGACUACAUUCGCUUCCUGCGCUCAAUCCGUCCGGACAACAUGUCUGAGUACAAUAAACAGAUGCAGCGCUUCAACGUGGGCGAGGAUUGUCCGGUGUUUGACGGCCUGUAUGAGUUCUGUCAAUUGAGCGCCGGCGGCUCCGUGGCGGCGGCCGUGAAGCUGAACAAGCAGGCUUCGGAGAUCUGCAUCAACUGGGGCGGCGGCCUGCAUCAUGCCAAGAAGUCCGAGGCCUCGGGCUUCUGCUAUGUCAAUGACAUAGUGCUGGGCAUCCUGGAGCUGCUGAAGUACCACCAGCGCGUGCUAUACAUCGACAUCGAUGUGCACCACGGCGACGGCGUCGAGGAGGCCUUCUACACCACUGACCGCGUGAUGACGGUGAGCUUCCACAAGUAUGGCGAGUACUUCCCGGGCACUGGCGAUCUCAGGGACAUCGGCGCUGGCAAGGGAAAGUACUACGCUGUGAAUAUUCCGCUGCGCGACGGGAUGGACGACGAGUCGUACGACUCGAUUUUCGUGCCGAUCAUCUCGAAGGUCAUGGAGACGUUCCAGCCAUCCGCCGUGGUGCUGCAGUGCGGCGCGGAUAGUCUGACGGGUGACCGGCUGGGCUGCUUCAAUCUGACGGUGAAGGGACACGGCAAGUGCGUGGAGUUCGUGAAGAACUACAACUUGCCCUUCCUCAUGGUCGGCGGCGGCGGCUACACCAUCCGCAACGUGUCGCGCUGCUGGACGUACGAAACGUCUGUGGCGCUGGGCAUCGACAUCGCCAAUGAGCUGCCGUACAACGACUACUUCGAGUACUUUGGGCCGGACUUCAAGCUGCACAUCAGCCCGAGCAACAUGACCAACCAGAAUACCAGCGAGUAUCUGGAGAAAAUCAAGAAUCGCCUCUUCGAGAACCUGCGCAUGCUGCCGCACUCGCCCGGCGUCCAGAUGCAAACCAUUCCGGAGGACGCCAUCAAGGACGAGUCGGACGAUGAGGACAAGGCAGACAAGGAUGUUCGUGUGAAUCAGAGCGACAAGGAUAAGAAAAUCAAUCCCGACAACGAGUUCUCAGACUCCGACACCGAAGGUGCCGCAGCUGAUGGCGGUCGCCGGGACAAUCGCUCGUUCAAGGGCAAUCCGCGUAAGAAACAACGCACGGAGAAGACGCCAGACGGGCCGAAGGUCGAGCCCGUUGAGAUCAAGGAUGAGAAGAAGCCUGAAACUCCCGCCGCGGUCGAAUCCAAUCCGCCAACAGAGGCCAAGACGGAAGUCGCCUAAGCGCGCCCGGAAAGUCUGUCACACUUUUUACCACUGGACAGAAGAUCUCUGCAUGUCUGUUCGCCAAUGGAAUUCUUUUGUAGUUUAUCACAAGUGUAAAUAUCAUUACAUUGUGUGUUUUGUGAAUUCUUGCUAUAGAAUAGACACUUUCUCUUUUAGGCAUAGAUUCUAUUUUUACAUGAUGUUAUUGUCAUGCUCUUCAUCAAAUAAAAUAUCUUCAAUUUAC